GAAGAUUUCAGGAAGUGACUAUUGAGAAACUCGUGGAAACUGUUAGAAAUCACGGUGUUAAAAAGAGAUGGAGAUCAGCUGUCUGUUGCUGGGCUUAAUGCUGGUUGCCAGUGUGACACCAGUGUCUGCUGCAGCACAGCCUGGCAUCAUAGAGAGCCUCCUAAUGGCAACCCAUCAACGUCCUUGGCUCUGGGGUGUCUACGUCUUCACUGUAGGACUUCCUGUCAUUCUUUUCAUUAGCUUCAUGUGGCCUGACAAGAGAUUUGGGCCCCCUGAUGAACAAUAUUACUAUAAGAAGUCUGAUGAUGCUCAACCAGAUGAUCCUGAGUCCUCAAAACUGACAGAGUCAAAGGAUAUUCAUGGAAAGACUGGCAGAGCAGCACCAAGAAGGAGAGACACUAAUGGGAAACAGAGGAAGUCUGACUUAGAUCUGAAGGAUCACUAAUGCGUGCAACCAUCUCAGGAGAGGAGACACACCACCACAGGAGGAUGCUGCAUAAUUACAUCUUUCACCACUCAUCCAAUCAUAUUGGUGACUGGAUAGUAUGUAAUACAAACAAACAGACUAAUAUAAAAUAUGA